ACCCUCCCCUCUCUCCACACCGAUCCCACCCUCACCGUCUCUGAUCACAGAACCCUCCCCUCUCUCCACACGGAUCCCACCCUCACUGUCUCUGAUCACAGAUGAAGGGGAUGCUGUUGUGAUGUGGCCCACUGACCUGAGGCCAGGUGGUAACACUCAAACAUCACCUCAUUCCUACCCCUUGAAGAACAUCCCACUGCGGACCGUCAGAAAACCCCACUAUGAACCGUCAGGAGAAUGUCCCUGACACCAUCACUGACUUCAUCGACUCCCAUCCUCUGCCUCCAAACUCAUUGUUCCCUCGUUCACACUGCUGGCUUUUUCCGUCUACCUGUGAUCCACAAACCAGACUAUCCGGCUAGGUGUAUUGUCUCUGCUUGCUCCUGCCCCACUGAACUCGUGUCCUCAUACCUCGACUCCAAUCUAUUACCCUUUGUUCAGUCCCUUCACACCUACAUCUACGACACUUCUCCUGCCCCACUGAACUCGUGUCCUCAUACCUCGACUCCAAUCUAUUACCCUCGGUUCAGUUCCUUCACACCUACUUCUACAACACUUUUCAUGCUCUUCAUCUCCAUGGUAGCUUUCAAAUGCCCGGUCCUGACGGCCUCGUUUUCUCCAUGGAUGGUCACCAUCCCCCAUCAAGAAGGUCUCAAAGCUCUCUGCUUCUUUCUCAGUCAAAGAACCAACCAGUUCCCCUCCUCCGUCUGGCAGAACUGGUCCUCAUCCUUAACAAUUUUCCUUCAGCUCCUCCCACUUUCUCCAGACUCGCGGGGUAGCCAUGGACCCCAGCUAUGCCCCUUUUCAUUUGUCUUCCCUGGUAAUGCUCCUCAGCUCUUCCUCCGCCAUAUUUAGACUGUAUUGAUACUUCUUCCUACACCCAUUCUGAUCUCGUCAAUUUCAUUAACUUUGCCUCUAACUUCCCCUCUGUGCUUAAAUUCGCUUGGUCCAUUGCUGACAACUCUCUCUGCAUUCUUGAUCUCUUUGUCUCCACUGUCAACCAACGUACUGAUCCCCAUGCUUAUCUUCACUAAACCUUCUCCCAGACUACCUCCUGUAAACAUGCUGUUUCCAUCACCUUUGCCACAUCUGUUCUCAGGAUGGGGCUUUGCUUUCCAGAACAUCAGAGAUGUUCUCCUUCAAACAAUGGGCUUUCCCAUUCUACUGUCGCUGCUGUCCUCACCCAGAUCCCCUCUAUUGUACAGCUGCACUCAUCUCAUCAUCCUGCCGCCUUAGCAGUGAUAAAUUCCUCUUGUCCUCACUGACCACCCCAUGAGCCUCUGCAUCAACACAUCAUCCUCUGCAACUUCAGCCAUCUUCAGAGUGAUUCUGCUGCUAAACGUGGCUCCUCCCCGAGUCCUGCGCCCCUUCCCUUUCUCCAAUGGCCCACUCUUCCCUCCUAACAGAUUCCUUCCUCUCCAGCCCUUCACCCUUCCUAUCCGCCUGGCUUCACCAAUCACUUUCCAGCUAUCCUCUUUCCCCUCCCCCUACCUUUUUUAUUCAGGAUCUCCCCCUUUCCUUUCAGUCCUGAUGAAGGGUCUGGGGUUUUGGCCUGAAUUAUCGAUAGCUUACCCUUUUCCAUAGAUGCUCCCUGACCCGCUGAGUUCCUCCAGCACUUUGUGUGUGUUGAUUUGGAUUUCCAGCAUUUGCAGACUUUCUGGUGUUUAUGCAAAGCCUCGUCAUUGGCUGCCUGGCCAUGUGAGGUAACUUUGAGUGACAGUUGCCCAAUCAGGAAGUGUGUGCUUGGGUAAGUUCCUUAUUUUUGACCAAACAGUAAGGGUUUGAGAAUUGAGGAAGUAAAAUGCUGCCUGCUGCAGUGACACAAACAAACUCAACAAGGGGCAUCCUCUCCUUUUCCACAGUGCUGUGCCAGCCUCUGGUAAAUGCUUCCCCUCCCAAAACAGUACGUUGCUUGCGUUCAGCAGCACCUUCAGCACGAGGCAGCAGGCCGUGCUGGGACCAGUCCCAAGCUGGAAUCUUCCAAACUGAUAACAAGGAGAUGUUGAAGCGGGUGAAAGUCAUGAGUCAGCUUCAGGGCAGAACUCAAGUAAGGUGUGGCCCCUGUCGGUGGAGUGACGUCCUGGGGUAACAGAUCGUGGAAGAUUGUUGGGCUGAAGAAGCUCAUAGGGGAUGAGGGGAUGAGCUUCGGACAUUUUGCUAAGGACUGGGGUAUUCUUCUAAGAAGGAGAAUCUCAUGAGAGUUGCGUGACUUGCAAAAUUGCUUCUUUCUGCUGGGUUCCAGAAUUGUGGUGAUGUCAGCUAUGGAAAGGAGCUCUGAAAACGAGAGCAUGGAGAUGGAUGGUGUUGGAGAUCCUCAGCCGGAAGACUUGGCUCUGCAGGUGGCUGCAGUGCAGGUCUCUGAGGAAGCUGCUUCUGCAGACACGGACACUGUGAAACCGUCCUUGGAGCUCCAGGAUCCAGACAACGCAAAGGAUGGAGGAAGCGCUCAAGCCAACAGAACGGGCCACCUUGGUGAGGAUCCCAGCAGCAUCCACAGGGUUGCAAGCAGUGUGCCGAAGAAGGUGGGUCCGAGGCCCAAACUUUCCAACAGGAAGCUGUCCCUCCAAGAACGUUCCUCUGGAAAUAACCUCUCUGCCCGUACAGACCUACCAAGCUAUCCCUACUCUACUGGACCUCUGUCGUCCGCAAGACGGCUCGCCAGUGAAUCCGGCCGGAUCAGUACGGGUGAUUCCCAGGACUCCAUGCGUUUGAACCAAUAUAAGUUGAAGACUGAGAUCGGAAAGGGGUCCUAUGGUGUUGUGAAGCUGGCCUACAAUGAGAAUGAUGACAAGCAUUAUGCCAUGAAGGUACUUUCCAAAAAAAAGUUGAUGAAGCAGCAAGGAUUUCCACGACGCCCUCCGCCCAGGGGAUCGAAGCCGCCAUCUGCAGAGCAGCCCAAGACUCCAGCAGCCUUAGAGAGGGUCUACCAGGAGAUAGCCAUCCUGAAGAAACUUGACCACCCCAACAUUGUAAAGCUGGUGGACGUUCUCGAUGAUCCUACUGAAGAUAAUCUUCACAUGGGAAUGAGUGGUGGGGCUAGUGGAUGGCAUGUUAAACAGGAGCAUGUGGGAUGGGAGGGUUUGGUGACAGAAGGGCCUUACGUGGGAACACAACACUGUUUACUUGUUCACGUUGCUUUUCAGGCGGUGGAUGUCUGGGCUAUUGGAGUGACAUUGUACUGCCUGGUCUUCGGUAAGUGUCCAUUUAUGGAUGACUACAUCCUGGCACUUCACUGCAAAAUCAGGAAUCGGCCUGUGGAGUUCCCUGAGAGACCUGAAAUCAGUGAGGAUUUGAAGGAUUUGCUUCUACAGAUGUUGGAUAAAAAUCCUGACACUAGAAUUACAAUUCCUCAGAUAAAGGUACACCCAUGGGUGACAAAGAGUGGGACCGACCCUCUUCCACUGGAGGAGGACCACUGCAGUGAGGUGGAGGUCACCGAGGAGGAGGUGAUGAACUCAGUCAAGUUAAUCUCCAGCCUCUCAACUGUGAUCCUGGUGAAGGCAAUGCUGAGGAAACGAUCCUUUGGCAACCCCUUUGAGUUCCAGAGCAGAAAGGAGGGAAGGUCCAUGUCGGCACCAGGAAAUCUCCUCAUGAAGCAAGUGAGUGGGGACGCAGGAAAAGACAGCGAGCUGCCGGAUGUGUGUGAGGAUGAGGCCAUCUCCUGAGGGCCCGGAGCUCAUGCAUGCUGCAUUCAGCCUGUCGCACGCUCGUUUCUGACCUGUCUUCGCUCUUCAUUAGCACGCGGCCUUCCAUGGACUACAGCUUCCGAUUAAACCCGAGAGGGGUCCUGACCAGCUGGCAGAUGUGACUAGGGCAAGGCGAGGAGGUGAAAUGCUUCCCCCGCUCUUGAAGCUUCCUCAUUGGACGAGACGGCAGCUCACGGAUUGUGUGGCUGUGGGGGGGGGGGGUCAGUGUGCUCAGCCCGCACCAACUUGCCCUCCUGUGAACUGCUUCCGGGUUACCUAGUGACCGUCCAUCAUCCGUCCUCCUCUGCCAGACAGAAACGGGACACAUCAGGAGCUUCAGUGCAGGUGAUGAGUGUCAGAAACCGACUUGUACCAUCACCUCAUGUUCUGUUGCCCUGUACUGGUAGGGUGCAGGCUCUUUUCUUCUCUGUGAUCCUGGCAGGGUGACGUGCAGUGUCCAGGCCUCCCCCAAAGUCAUCUGCACAAGUACAAUGAAAACUUACUUUAGCAGCACCGCAGGCACAGAGUGUCAGGGGCACCACAUUCACAAGCACAUAAAUUGUACAAAAUCCUAAAAGGAACAAAGUUAGUACAAAACAAUUCAAAAUUUUAAUGUAGUGGCAAGUGCUGAGUGUUGCUAUGCUGAGGAGGUGGUUGAGAUUGUGCCACUUGGUUUAAGUACCAAAUGGCUGAAGCUGUUCUGAACCUGGUGGUGAGAGUUUUGAGACGGGUCCCUGGUGUGGAUCUUUGAUGACGUAUGCUGCCUUCUCGAGUCGUAUGUCCAGUAGAUACUAACAAUGGUGAGGAGAGAUUUGCCUGUGAUCGAUAUAUUGACCAAUACCACAAACACGUACCUCUGUCCCCUGAAUGACAUAGUUUAGCAACUUGUUUGUUUUAAUAAACGAAAGUUUAUUCAAAUGACCACAGUAUCUCAGAACACUGGAACUUCAUAUAACUCUGUUCACUCUAACAAAUUAAAAUACCAUUGUCACUAUCGAGCCCUCGAUGGGAUCGCUGGUCCUGGAAAUUCCCUGUUGUACUCAUGGAUACCAUGAGUGUCCUCUCCAGAGACACAUGGGACAUGGGCACGGACAUGACCCUAAAAGAGGGGCAAGCAAUCAGCUCUGGCAGACCCGCCAUCUUGGCCAGGCCCAGGAGCAAGCUGACCCAAACCCCACCCCUCCCCACCGCGUGACCCAAACCCCACCCCUCCCCACCGCGUGACCCAAACCCCACCCCUCCCCACCAUGUGACCCAAACCCCACCCCUCCCCACCGCAUGACCCAAACCCCACCCCUCCCCACCGCGUGACCCAAACCCCACCCCUCCCCACCGCGUGACCCAAACCCCACCCCUCCCCACCAUGUGACCCAAACCCCACCCCUCCCCACCGCAUGACCCAAACCCCACCCCUCCCCACCGCGUGACCCAAACCCCACCCCUCCCCACCGCGUGGCCCAAACCCCACCCCUCCCCACCGCGUGACCCAAACCCCACCCCUCCCCACCAUGUGACCUAAGGAGCCCGGGGCUGAACCUGAGGAGCAGCCCUUCCAAAUACUCAGACAGGGGCAACAACGUCUCACAUUCCAUACGUGCACGAUGCAUCAACUCCCAGCCACAGAAAUGACUGGGGAUAGCAAAUUGCCCAGCAGAUUCAUGAAGCUUAGUAAGGUGGCAUGAUAAUUCAUGACUUGUUGCUGUGCUUGGGUAGAGCUUUGUGAAUGUGGGCUUUAGGAAUAUGAUCCUGAGGGUGGACAAGAGGAAAUAAGUCUUUCCAGGUGUCAGAAGGCUGGGUCACCUCAUCCAUUGGGUUACCUGUCCGGUGAGAUGCCUACCUUCGCUGGGGGUGGCACUGGUGUGGGGUAGAAUGGAAGAACAUUCUAGCCUGCCUUGGGUCAUCAGGCACAGUGUGGACACCUCCCUGAGAUCCCCUGCAAUCAGAGGCUGCAGUGAAGGUUACUAGGUUGGGGGGUCAUUUUUAUCGACAUCAUGCAAGGGGAACUGCCCUGCAAUUAAUGGAGCAGGGUCAGUGGUGAGAGGGGCCUAGCACUGAGACCAGGGUGUGACAUCUUGAAGAAGGGUCUUGGCCCAAAAUGUCGACUGUACUCUUUUCCAUAGAUGCUGCCUGGCCUGCUGAGUUCCUACAGCAUUGUGUGUGUUGCUCAGAUAUCCAGCAUCCGUAGCCCAUUGUUAGUCAGGUGGUAACACCUUGGAAACCUUGGUAUACAGGGGGACUCAGGAUCAUAAAUCCAUUGCUCCCUGAAAAUGGCAGCACGAGCUAGUGAAGGUUGUUUGCCAGGUUAUUGUGAUGAGCAUCGGGAAAACGUGGUACAGAUGUACAAGACAUUCGUUAGGUCAAACACAGAACUGAGUACGGCUCCAGUCACUGCACUGUAGAGCAAAUGUGGUGGCAGAAGAGAGAGUGCAGGAGAGAUUCAUCGGGAUGUUGCUUGGAAUGGAAGGUUUUACUCCCACAGGAAGAUUGGAUAGACUGUGAUUGCUCUCACUGGAGCUUUUGGAGGUUUAUAAAGUCAUAAAGAGCAUAGAUAGGUUAAAUAGUCACAGUUUUUCUCUCAAGGCCAGCAUCUAAAACUAGAGGGGCUUUCUAGUGAGUGGGAAAAGAUUUAAAGGGUACCCGAAGAACAACUUUUGCUGGUAGAAAUCGGUGGUAAAUGGAGCUAUAACUGCCAGAGGACGUGGUAGACACAAGUACAAUCACAUUUAAGAUGCUGUGAGGCAUACUUGCCUCUGUGAGGGAUUGGGCCAGAUGCAGGGAAGUGAGAUGAAUGUAGAUAAAUCAGCAUGGGCAAGUUGGGCCAAAGAGCCUGGUCCCCAAUACCUCAGCACUGCUCUCUGAACCCCAGUGCCUCCAAUUCCAGCACUGUUCCAGCCGCCUUGCCCGGAGCCCCCAGCCCCUACCUCAGGACUGGCCUGUAGUGAUGGGGAAUGGCUACGUGCUGUCGCUACUGCCUUGUGACUGCUGUAGACCAUCAGGUCCCGCUCUACUUGGGGCAGAUUUCUGAAUGCUCUGCUGAUUGUCGUUAGAGCCGCCGGGUAUUUCACAGGAGAUCUUCACACACACAAUACCAGGCACAUCAGGCAAACCCCACCAGGCUUUUCUCAGUCAAUGAAGCAGAGCAAGGAACAUGUCUGCCCUUGCUGAAGAAAUCACCAGGUAUAAAUUACCUUUAAACUUCUUAGGAUGAGAGCUUUCAUUCUUUGCAGAUUGAAAUACCCCUUAAAGAGGGAAUACUCCCCUCUGUCCCGCUCCAUUAAUUAAAGGCAGGGUCAGUAUUAAGACUAUAAGAUACAAGAGCAGAAUGAGGCCAUUUGGCCCAUCGAGUCUGCUCUGCCACUUCAUCAUGGCUGAUCCAAUUUUCCUCUCAGCCCCACUCUCCUGGCUUCCCUCCAUAUCCUUUCAUGCCCUGACCAAUUAAGAAUAUAUCAACCUCUGCCUUAAAUAUACAUAGAGACUUGGCCUCCACAGCUGCCUGUGGCUAUAAUUCCACAGAUUCACCACUCCCUGGCUAAAGAAAUUCCUCCUCAUCUCAGUUCUAAAAGGAUGCUGAAGCUGUGUCCACUGGUCAUAGACUCUCCCACCAUCAGAAACAUCCUCUCCACAUCUACUCUGUCAAGGCCUUGCACCAUUUGAAAGGUUUCAACGACCAGAAUUCUAGUGAAUACAGGCCCAGAGCCAUCAAAUGCUCUUCAUAUGACAAGUCAUUCAAUCCUGGAAUCAUUUUCCUGAACCUCCUUUGACCCCUCCAAUGAACAACCUCUCGUUGAUGUGAGAACUGGCUUUUCCCACUGCCCUGACUAGUGGCACUGUGCAGCCCAGUGAGGUGUUCGGGGUAAGGGCUGCCGUGCUGGUCAAUCGCGUGGCGGAGAAACUGCUGUUCUGCACGUGAUACUUAGUGAAGAGGGAGAGGCAGUGGUGCAUGGGAGGUUUGGGGAGGUGGUGUGGGUCAUGCUGGACCCCGUGCCCUGAAUGUGACCUCUGCAUUCCCUUUCACCCUGUCCUGCUGAGACCUACGGUAGGUGAGACCUGUACCAAGAGUAAUCAGAAUCAGCCCCACAGAAAGGAAUAGGACUCCACUUUGUUCCACGCUUUUACCCUAUGCAGCACCUGUCCUGAUGAAAAUAAUCCCUCCCCUGCCCCACUGUCAAUCUAUACCCUGUCCCUACACCUAGGGCCUAGUGCUGAGGCUCCUACCUCAAUAUCCUGCCACACUCAGUCACAGCUGGACCAGACUGGCAGCAUCUGGCUCCUUCUGCAUGCCACCCUGUAGACAGGUCAGGGUUCAUCACCGUCUUACACAUCUGAUGUGAACACUUGGCGAAGAGAGUUCCUGGGCUGCUGGCCCUGUCUUGGACACCCACAACCUUUAACUCACUGUUAGUGGGCUGUGUCAUUGUACCUUCUUAAGCAAAUGGACCCGCAGCCUCCCAGCAGGGACAUGAUGGAGUUUGCCACUGUAGGAAGCGAGAGGCCCAGCAGAAGCUGCUGGUAGGGGGUGAAUGGACCAGCAGCCUCCCAGCAGAAGCUGCUGGUAGGGGGUUAAUGGACCAGCAGCUUCCCAGCAGAAGCUGCUGGUAGGGGGUUAAUGGACCGGCAGCCUCCCAGCAGAAGCUGCUGGUAGGGGGUGAAUGGACCAGCAGCCUGAGUCCAGCAGAAGCUGCUGGUAGGGGGUUAAUGGACCGGCAGCCUGAGCCCAGCAGAAGCUGCUGGUAGGGGGUUAAUGGACCGGCAGCCUGAGCCCAGCAGAAGCUGCUGGUAGGGGGUGAAUGGACCUGCAGCCUCCCAGCAGAAGCUGCUGGUAGGGGGUGAAUGGACUGGCAGCCUCCCAGCAGAAGCUGCUGGUAGGGGGUGAAUGGACCAACAGCCUGAGCCCAGUAGAAGCUGCUGGUAGGGGGUUAAUGGACCGGCAGCCUGAGCCCAGCAGAAGCUGCUGGUAGGGGGUGAAUGGACCGGCAGCCUCCCAGCAGAAGCUGCUGGUAGGGGGUUAAUGGACCAGCAGCCUGAGCCCAGCAGAAGCUGCUGGUAGGGGGUGAAUGGACCGGCAGCCUCCCAGCAGAAGCUGCUGGUAGGGGGUGAAUGGAACGGCAGCCUGAGCCCAGCAGAAGCUGCUGGUAGGGGGUGAAUGGACCGGCAGCCUGAGCCCAGCAGAAGCUGCUGGUAGGGGGUUAAUGGACCAGCAGCCUGAGCCCAGCAGGGAAUUGAUGGGAUUUGUCACUGUAGCCCAGCAGAAGCUGCAUGGUGCACCAGCAGCCCUCUAUCGGAGAGUGCAGUUCCUCCAUAACAUGCCUGGCCUUCUGUGCAUGGUCCCCAGCUGUACUGUACCCAGCAUGGUAACCAAGGUUACAUGGUGUGUCUAUGUCCUAUUGCGAUGGCCGCACCAGUCUGUGUGGCUGACGAGACAGUGUGGUCUUUAAUGUCCAGCCCUCUGCCUUUAGUCAGGGGCGCGGAACUGUUGUGAAGUCUCCCGGUAUCUUUUUUACUUUGAUCUUGUCCGAAUACCCUGUGCCACCCUUCCCCGCAUCAGCUGGAAUGUAAAACUCUGUGUUUGCUGUGACUGAUGAAUGUUACAUGAACCUACACUGUCCACCAGAGUUUAUGCAUGACGCCUCUGUAAUUAGUCUGGGGAGAGAUGCAACUGUUGCUCUGUACAUAUGUAUUAAUACAAAGAGCAUAUUUUUUGCAUGUUUUUAUAUUCUCGAGGUAAGAUAAAAAGGAUCUCCAAUAACUUAUCCAUAAUGAGUGAUGAUGGACUCAUCUGACUGAAUAACUACAUGGAAAGCAAGAUGAAGUUCAAUAAACUUGUUAUAUCCUAA